AUGAAUGCAUCUCGCUUUGUUAACAAAAAUAUCAUUGAUGCCCUUGAUAACUUUCAGAAUUAUGAACUCCAUUAGAAGAAACUAAAGUAGAUGAAAAAGGAGUUAGAAAUGAAGAAAUAGGGUAAAUUGAAAGUGAUUGACGAAGAUGACGAAAAUCUGAAGAUGCGAGUAAUUGCUAAUAAACUCAAGAAUCACGAGUUUAACGACAGUGAGAAGAUUCUAGAGAUUUAGAAAUCAAAUCAAAAAUUGAUGCAAAAGCUCUACGAUAUCUCCUAAGGCAAAUAAAGUACUUUAAGGAAUAUUUUGGGACCUGAUUACUCUAACAUACAGGUAGCAAUUCAAGCUUAGCAACAGUAGAUGCAAUAAAUGUAACAGUUAGCAAUCACUGAUGGAGGUAACAACUCUGAGUAAAUAAAAGCCAUAAUGCCUUCUGAUUCUUAGUUUCUGCAUGAAACAAAGCAGGGAUCAUAAUUCUUGUCUCAAAUGUCUGCUAACAACAAUAGUCAAUUGAAAUCUUUGCAUAUGCCUUUUAGAAAAAGAGAAGCUACAAGAAUUGAUGAAGAAAAUUAAAGAAUGAUUGAUAGAAUAAUGCAUGCAAAUCCUUCACUUCCUAAUAAAAAGCUAGAAAAGGAUUAUCAAAAUCACCUCCAGCUUAAAAAAAUUAUAUAGAAAGCUAAUCCUAUACCAGUUGAGAAGCUAAUUCAAAGAAAGAAUAAGCUGUAUGAAAAUCUUGAAAGUCAGUUACUCCCACCUAUCGAAGUUUAAAGCUCAGAGAAAAAGGAAAGAGAAAAUAAGAUUAGAUCAAAUUCCGAAAGAAAGACCUCCAGAAAUCAUGAUUAGGAUAAGUACCACACAGAAGUAAAUCCAAUAAAGGAACGAGGCUUAGAAAAUAUACAAGGUUAUGAUGGUACAUAAGGGCAUAAGAGUGUUUUGAAACCAAACGUCAAAGAGUAAUAGCCCUAGCCUCUGAAAAACGUUAAAAGCCACUCAGUGCUGCCAUAACCAAAAUAAAAUAAAAUUAUUUCAACUAAAGCAGGCAAUUCCUUGUCAGAGCAUAAGGGAUCAGUUUAAUUAAACCAGCCACCUAAGACUUUACUCAAUAAAGAUAUAGCAUAGAGCGUAUCUAAGGAGUAAGGAUAGGAGAAAGCUAAGUUUUAAGCUACUGAUCAAACAGUUAAAGACUAGAAAUAUGCUACUCAAAAAAUAACAGAGACCAAGCCUAUUAAACUUAAUGCAACGACUAAUUAGCAAAGUCUUGCUUCAACUCUUGGAAACAUUUAAAGUAAGCCAAAGGAUAAGGAGAGGGAUGAAGAGCAAUAUUCUGAGUAUGAAAAUGAUAUUUAGGAGGACAUGGAAAAUUCUAUAAUAGAAGAUUCAAUAAUUGACGAUGAAGUGGGUGGGAGAAAUACAAACUUAAGUUUAAAGGGUAAACAGGCAUAAUCUAAAAAUGGAACUAAGGGCCCAUAAGGAUUUGCAGUUGGAAAGGACAAUUUUCAAAACAAGGAGUUUAAGUUUGACAACUUCAAAAGCCCAACUCAAAAUUCUUAAAAAACUGUUGAUUUACCUAAUUAGAGUAAUAAAAAGAGUGGGGUUCUUGAUUAAAAGAAACAGUAGAAUGAAGAUGAUUCUGAUAUAGUUGAUGAAUUCAACACAAGUUUCAAAUCUCCAUCUAAAAAUGCAACCAUCAAGAGUAACAAUCCGAUCCUAGGUUCAUAACUUAGUAUGAGUAAAACAAAUCAGCAACAAUAAUAACAAACUAAUAGCUUGAAAUAGCCUGCAGCGAGUACUCAGUAAGUGAAGACAAACGUUACUGAAAAACCUAAUAUAGCCUUGAAGCAAUCAUUUCAAUCUAAUAAUUAAAACUAGAAGAGUCUUCAAAGUAGUAAUGAUAGUACCAAAGCGAAUUAGCAACUUAAGUAAUAAUAGCCUGAAACUGUCAAGUACAAUCCCCCUGCUUAAAAUACAUAGAUUAAAGUCUAGGCAAAUACAACAUAGAAAUCUAAAUUAAAAGAAGAAUCAGUAAUUGAAGAUGAAGCAGUCUACGAGGAGGAUGAUUUCGAGGAAAACUAUGAUGAUGAUUUUGAUAAUUGA